GCGCGCUCCCCGCCGGCCUCUCCGGCUGCCGCGCCCUCCAGGUGCUCGACCUCAGCACCAACUCCUUCCAUGGCAGCAUCCCGCCGGAGCUCUGCGGCCUCCCGUCGCUGCGUCAGCUCUUCCUCAGCGAGAACCUGCUGUCCGGGAAGAUCCCGGCGGCCAUCGGCAACCUCACCGCCCUCGAGGAGCUCGAAAUCUACAGCAACAACCUCACCGGCGAGAUCCCCACCUCCCUCCGCGCGCUCCAGAGCCUCCGCAUCAUCCGCGCCGGGCUCAACGACCUCUCCGGCCCGAUCCCCGUCGAGAUCAGCGAGUGCGCCAGCCUCGCCGUGCUCGGCCUCGCCCAGAACAACCUCGUCGGGCCACUCCCCGGCGAGCUCUCCCGCCUCAAGAACCUCACCACAUUGAUCCUCUGGCAGAACGCCCUCUCCGGCGAGAUCCCGCCGGAGCUCGGCGACUGCACCAGCCUCGAGAUGCUCGCCCUCAACGACAACUCCUUCACCGGCGGCGUCCCCAAGGAGCUCGGCGCGCUGCCAUCCCUCGCCAAGCUCUACAUUUACCGGAACCAGCUCGACGGCACCAUCCCAAGCGAGCUCGGCAACCUGCAGAGCGCCGUCGAGAUUGACCUCUCCGAGAACCGGCUCACCGGCGUCAUCCCCGGCGAGCUCGGCCGGAUACCCACGCUCCGGCUGCUCUACCUCUUCGAGAACCGACUGCAAGGCAGCAUCCCGCCGGAGCUCAGCCAGCUGAGUGUCAUCAGGAGGAUUGAUUUGUCCAUCAACAACCUCACCGGCACAAUUCCGAUGGAGUUUCAGAACCUCACCGAUUUGGAGUACUUGCAGCUGUUCGACAACCAAAUCCAUGGUGUCAUCCCCCCUAUGCUUGGAGCAAGCAGCAAUCUUUCGGUGCUCGACUUGUCGGAUAAUCAGCUGACAGGGAGCAUCCCUACUCAGCUGUGCAAGUACCAGAAGCUCAUCUUCUUGAGCCUCGGAUCGAACCGCCUCAUCGGCAAUAUCCCUCCAGGACUGAAGGUCUGCAGAACAUUGACACAGCUCCAGUUGGGGGGAAACAUGCUGACAGGGAGCCUCCCCAUCGAGCUGUCGCUGCUGCAGAACCUGUCAUCGCUCGACAUGAACCGGAACCGGUUCUCUGGCCCGAUUCCGCCUGAAAUCGGCAAGUUCAGGAACAUUGAGAGGCUGAUUUUGUCGGAGAAUUACUUUGUUGGGCAGAUACCCCCUGGCAUUGGCAACCUGACCAAGCUUGUCGCUUUCAAUAUAUCGUCGAACCAGCUCACCGGACCGAUUCCUCGCGAGCUGGCACAGUGUACAAAGCUCCAGAGGCUUGAUCUCAGCAAGAAUUCCCUCACGGGAGUCAUUCCUCAGGAGCUUGGCACUCUGGUGAACCUGGAGCAGCUGAAGCUAUUUGACAACAGUCUAAAUGGAACCAUCCCAAGCAGUUUUGGAGGCCUUUCCCGGCUCACUGAGCUGCAGAUGGGAGGCAACCGUUUGUCUGGCCAAUUGCCGGUUGAGCUUGGGCAGCUCACUGCUCUCCAGAUCGCGCUGAAUGUCAGUCACAACAUGCUAUCCGGUGAGAUCCCGACGCAGCUAGGGAACUUGCACAUGUUGGAGUUCCUAUAUUUGAACAACAAUGAGCUAGAAGGAGAAGUACCUUCCUCAUUCGGGGAGUUGUCAAGCCUGCUGGAGUGCAAUCUUUCUUACAACAAUCUUAUCGGUCCACUUCCCAGCACCACGCUGUUCCAGCACUUGGACAGCAGCAAUUUCCUGGGAAACAUUGGCCUUUGUGGUAUCAAAGGGAAAGCAUGUUCAGGAUCACCAGGGUCAUCCUAUGCAAGUAGGGACACAGAAAUGCAGAAGAAGCGGCUUCUCAGGGAGAAGAUCAUCAGCAUUUCUUCCAUUGUCAUUGCAUUUGUCUCACUGGUGUUGAUUGCAGUCGUUUGCUGGUCCUUGAAAUCAAAGAUACCUGAUCUUGUGUCGAAUGAAGAGCGGAAGACUGGGUUUUCAGGUCCUCACUACUUUCUGAAGGAGCGGAUAACAUAUCAGGAGCUUAUGAAGGCGACCGAUAGCUUCUCAGAGAGUGCUGUAAUUGGAAGGGGUGCUUGUGGCACUGUGUAUAAGGCUAUCAUGCCUGAUGGGAGAAGAAUUGCAGUGAAGAAGCUCAAGUCUCAGGGGGAAAGUGCCAAUGUCGACAGAAGCUUCCGAGCUGAGAUAACCACACUUGGAAAUGUCAGGCACCGUAACAUUGUCAAGCUGUAUGGUUUCUGCUCCAAUCAGGACUGCAAUCUUAUCCUUUAUGAGUACAUGGCAAAUGGUAGCCUUGGAGAGUUGCUUCAUGGGAGCAAGGAUGGGUGUCUACUGGACUGGGACACCCGUUACCGGAUCGCCCUUGGGUCUGCUGAAGGUCUGAGGUAUCUUCACAGUGACUGCAAGCCAAAGGUGAUUCACCGGGACAUAAAAUCGAACAACAUAUUGCUUGAUGAAAUGAUGGAGGCUCAUGUAGGGGACUUUGGCUUGGCAAAACUGAUUGACAUUUCCAACUCCAGAACAAUGUCUGCUAUCGCUGGUUCAUAUGGCUACAUUGCACCAGAGUAUGCUUUUACCAUGAAGGUGACUGAAAAAUGUGAUAUUUAUAGCUUCGGGGUAGUCUUGUUGGAACUAGUGACUGGGCAAUCUCCAAUUCAACCUCUUGAGCAAGGAGGGGAUCUUGUCAAUUUGGUGAGGCGGAUGACAAACAGUUCGACACCAAAUUCUGAAAUGUUUGACAGCAGGCUGAAUCUGAACUCGAGGAGGGUUCUGGAAGAAAUGUCUCUGGUUCUGAAAAUUGCAUUGUUCUGCACCAGUGAGUCGCCACUAGAUAGGCCUAGCAUGCGUGAAGUCAUAUCAAUGCUGAUAGAUGCCAGAGCCUCCGCUUAUGAUUCUUUUUCGUCUCCAGCAUCGGAGGCACCAAUGGAAGAUGAUUCUGCUCUUAAAAAUUAGAGGCUAGUGUCUUCAAUUCUUUUUACCAACAACUUAUAAACUAGCAAGGGAGUAUCCACAACUUAACUGAGUUCGUAGUUGAGGAACCUCUAGGUAAUGUGCUAUUAUUGUGCUCCAAGAAGCUGUGGAUAUAAUCUAACCUCAAUUUGAACAAGAAAUCUGUCGUUCUGACCAAGAUUAGCGAUCCGUUAAAGGAUCUGAAGUAGUCCAUUCUUACUUCAGUGACUGCAGUUGGAGGAAGAUAUUCCAGAGUUUGGAGUGUUCCCUUUAUGAAACACUCCAGAUAGGCAGAUAGGUUCAGUUCAGCAAUCCACAUAGAUGAUAGAUCUACUUUUACUAGCCUGAUAUAGUUUGUAGCAACACACUGCAUUGUACAUACUUCAUAGACUAUAUAUUGAGCUCAUAAUAAAUAUAACAAAUUAAUCUAUUGAUUUUUUUUUUG